CAGACGAUUCAGGUGCCCUGAAAUCAGCCUGGCCAAAUAGAUUGGGCAGAUUCACCAGCCUUACGACCCUCGAACGAUCUCUCUUUAUCAGUCAUUCUGCUGGUCAGUCGGAGCUAAAGAAGCCUCGCCACUUCCAAAGCCUUGCUGGCCUCUCUUUGUAACACAUAAAUACCUUCUAUUUCGGCACACAACGAUGUUGUGUGUUUGACAGGCCGACGCAACUGCUAUAUUGUUAGGGCAGGAAAAGUUUAACAUGGAUUUCACGAAACUUCGAGCUCAAGCGCUGAGCUUCGGAGAGGAUGAGGAAGCUGUCACAGUCAAUACCCGGGCCUUAAUCGACAAGGUCUUGGCGAGGUAUUCUGGAGAAUGGACGACACUUCGAGAGUUAAUUCAGAAUGCCGCCGAUGCUCAGGCCGAUACUGUGAAGGUUAAAUUCGAAACCACGCCUUCGACGACAGUACCACUUCCCAGCAAUGCAACACCAUUCGACCUUCUCAAACAUACGCUACUACAUGCCACGCUCCGUCGAUUACUCGUCUCAAACGAUGGUCUGCCAUUUGGAGAUAAUGACUGGGCAAGGCUGAAGCGUAUUGCGGAGGGAAAUCCGAACGAAGACAAGAUUGGUGCAUUUGGAGUCGGAUUCUAUUCCGUCUUUGCAGAUUGCGAGGAACCAUUUGUCAGUUCUGGGAAAAAGGCCAUGGCAUUCUAUUGGAAAAAAGACAGCCUCUUCACAAGGCAGAUCCAAGUACCAGAGGGGACACGGGACACCAGCUUCGUACUUGAUUAUCGCAACAACACAACUCCGGUACCCAGUCUUAUUUCUAUCUGCCAAUUUUUGGCCACUAGCAUGACAUUUGUCGCCUUAAAGAACGUCGAACUGUGGCUAGAUGACUGGAAGAUUGCUUCCAUCCAGAAAAAGGCCUCGCCAAGCAGUGGCGUGGCGAUUCCAAAAGAUAUCGAAACCACCACAAAGGAACGGCUUAUGAAGGUGGAAAGUCUGAGCAGAGAAAGCGUCCAAAUGACAGCUACGUUCAUGAAUGUGGUUGGAUGGCGUCCAUCAGCUUCAGCCUCUGUUCCCAAGUCGAGUGCCUUUGGCGAAACGACGUAUGGUCGCCAUGCAUUGGAGGCUCCGUCCAUUCGCUCGUUCUUUUCUCGCCUCACUUCUUCCAGCAGCCAGAAUGCUUUAAAAUCGAAGGUGGCACAGGAAGCGCAAGCAUUCCAAGAAAUAAUACUUGAAGAUGUAACGAAAGAGACAACGGCAAAUGUAUUCCUUUCGGUAACAACAGCUGCCAUCCGUACCUCUGUGACAUCAACGUUUGCCACAGAACUCGAGCGUGCAACGAAGAAACCCCCUCCAAAAUCCACCAGGCUUGCCCUUUUGUCAUCUUUAUAUGACGAGGCUACGGCCUCAAAAGAGGGUAUUAAUGGCAACAAAAUAGCCAACGGCGUCGACAUUUUUGCGUCUGUCUUGCCUGGAAAGAAAAACGGAGGAAGAAUAUUUAUUGGGUUUCCCACGAACCAAACUACUGGUGCAGGUGUCCAUCUCUCUGCUCCAUCGUUAAUUCCAACCGUCGAACGCGAAGCCGUCGACUUGAAUGCACGAUGGGUUCGCACUUGGAAUAUGGAAAUGUUGCGAGUUGCUGGCAUAAUCAGCCGUGUUGCGUAUGGCAAUGAGAUGUCCGACUUGGGAAACAGGCUCCAGCGUUGGACUCAAUCACGAGGGCGCCCUGGGAAGAUACUUAAAGAGGACGUGGAAAAGUUUAUGCCCGCAGCUUUACAUAUCCUGGCAUCAUUUACAUUUGAGGACUCUACCCCCAGCGCGCAAAUCUCGCAAAUUAUUGAGGAAUCGUUCUGGACAUCAUUUCAAAAGGCUUCAGUGGAUAUUUACAGCACAAGGGGUGUUCUACCAACUACAACUGUUAGGUUGGCGAUUGAAGACCUUAGCAUGUUUGUGGAACGCAUUCCUACCCUCCCGAAACAACUUGUUGAAACCAAGAUGGUAAAGAAGCUCCGAGACUAUGGGCUCAUUUCCGAUAUUACUAUUGCCGACGUUAAAAAGGAGCUUGGAUCAAAAGCACUGACUACGCCACAACUCAUCGCAUUUAUCGGCUGGAUUGGUCGCAAAGCACUGGCAUCAAACAUUGAUGUUUCGGCUAUGAGAAGCCUUCUUGAAACUACUGUUGCGACUGUAGGGCAAAGUGAGAGCCAGGGAGGGAUUAUUUCUCUUUCAAGUAUCAAAUACUUCAUACAGCCAUCAAAAGUCCCACCAGAGUUCCCCAUUCCGCAAAAUACUCUUCCAUAUAACAUCACACAUGCCACCACAAAUGCCGAGCUUCAAGCCUUAGGCUGGCAGCCUCUAGAAGCUUCAACAUGGAUUGGGUUUCUUGCCGAAUCUACCAAGGGGCGUAAUGGCUUGUCGAGCGAACAAGAUAUCACUUGGUCACCAAAAUUAUCCUCUCAAGUAUUGGCUGUUUUGUCAAAGCAAUGGGAUGGGAUGCCUGUGGAAUCAAAAGCGAUCAUAAUUAAGCUUUUGGCGCCAUUGACAGUAAUACCAACCAAACUUGGCAUGAGUAAGCCGAGUGAUUCCUACUUCGCAAGCAUCAAGCUAUUUGAUGAUUUACCAACUAUUGUCGGUUGCCCUGGCGUCAAAGAAAAAUUUCUUAGCGCUCUUGGUGUAAGGAAAACGGUUGACUUGGACACAAUAUUUCAGCGACUUUUGAGUCCUGUUGAAUCUGGUGCCCAAGGCGGAUCGGGUAUUGCAGUUCCAAGGUGGAACCAUGUCGACUUAAUAGUGUAUCUGGCAGGCGUGAAAGAUGAUAUCCCCAUCGGGGACAUGAAGAAGUUGCGGGAAACACCAAUAUGUGCUGCUGAAGCAGGACUGGUAGGACAAGAAGCUAGCGUAGCAUCUGCGAAGCGCUACAAGAUAUCGGAACUGUUCGAACCCAAGGCUGAUCUGAGGCACCUGCAGGUACCCAUUAUCCAGUGGACUGGCAAGUUUGGGUACCGUCCAGGCAGUCCAGAAGCAAACUUUUUGGUCUCCCUUGGACUGAGGUCUUAUCCCACAGUACACGAGUUAGUUGUAAUGAUGGCUUCCACGGACACGACUUUGAGAACCAAGUCAAUGGCGUACUUCAUCGCAAAUUAUGAGACCAACCAAUAUAGUGCGUAUAGUUUGGCAAAGGCUACUAGGCCCUUCCUUCCUAUAGAAGGGAAGGGGGAGGGUUUGGCGGUUCCUUCGGCAUUAUUCACCAACGCAAAUGCGUUUAUGUUUGGAUUCAAUGUCCUGCGGAAGGAUUUAAUACCCCACGCUUCGAAACUUGGAGUUGCCGAGAACCCUCCGUUGGAGGAAGUAGUGCAACGGCUGAUUAAAAAUCCACCAAAAACCCAGGGCGAGGCGCGGGUUCUAUUUGUAUACUUUUCAACCAGAAUUGGAGAAGCAGAGUUCACCCGCCAUGCUGCUAAGCUCGGAGAUGCCCAGAUUGUUCCAGUUCCACCAAAGUCAAAGUACAUUGGGAACAGCUCAUUUCCAGAGAAACGAGCGGAAGGGCCCAAACAUCUUGCACCCCGAAUGUGCUUCAUUGGGCAAUUGGAAACGUAUGGCGACAUUUUCGACUUCGUUGACUUUGGCAGUGAGGCAAACAGGUUCCUCCUUGCUUGCGGCUCAAGCCACGAGCCUUCCAGAAGCCACAUUGCAACAAUGCUUGCUUCAGAGCCAGCUCGUGUACUUGGCAUUGUUCAGAGUCCAGAAAAAUACUUAUCUCUAUUGAGACUGCUUGCCAUGUCACGAGCGGAUUUGAAAAGGGACAAGUUGUUAUGGUCUCAAAUGAGAAUAUCACCAUUCCUCCUGGCGACAAAAGAGAUAUCUGCCAAUAACGAACCAAAAAACAGAAACUCAAAGAAUCUCGUGGAUCUGUUUUGCGAUGACGAUGAUAGCAGUGCCGGCAUCAAGCAGUGGGUUUUGCAGCCUGCGGCCAGAAUUGUGGUUGUCGACGAUUACACAACAUACCAGUUGUUUAAAGGAGACCUCCUUGCCGCGCCAUUGGAAGACGUCCUUGAAGAAUUCUACCUUGAUCUUGGUUCGGUGGCUGUAGGACAACUCGUUGAGCAGAAGAUUUCCGUUGGUGAUCCGCUCAUCGACCAGAGUGCGAGCAUGAAGAUCCAGAAGAAAAUUCUUGAAAGAUCUAAGGUAUUUUUGCAUUCUUAUCCAUCAGACCAGCUUAAGCACUCUAAGGGAUAUCUCGAGAACAAUCUUGUGGUGGACUAUGUCACCCAUAUAUCUAUCAAGAUAUCCUUACGGGGAUAUAAGAUGUCCUACAAUUCGAAGCAGACCGCAGUUUUGAAAAAUGAUUCGCGCUCCAAGAAGAUGGCCUUACAUAUUACAUACGGAGUAGAUUAUUACGAUAUCAGCCAGGCUCUAGUCAGGAAUCUGUUAAAACGACCAAAUAACGAGGCUGCAACACUCUUUGAAUCACUCCUUACAUCUGACCUACAAGGUUUGAAGCGAAGGGGGUUCAAUGUCGAUCGUAUCCUCAGAGCUCAAGCGGCCCAAGCUCGCAUCGCCGAGGAUGAGAGACAGAAGCAACUCCGAAUUGAAGAGCAACAAAUUAAGGAGAGGGGUGGAACAGUAAAGCAAAACCAGGUCGAAGAAGAUCAAUCUGGAUAUCGUGACUCGGAUGAAGUUGAUAUGCCUGGAGCAUUUGGCAAUAACUCACCGUCUCCUGCUUCCCAGAGGAAGAGCCGAAACCUAUUCUCGAGCUUCACACGAAAACUUGGUUUUGGUGAUGGAGAAGCUCAACAACAGCUCCAGAGCUUUUUAGGUGGCCAUGGGAGCCACUCUCGGUCGAACUCUGAUUCGAAAUCUAAUCGCGGGCAUUCGUCUUCUGGCGACGCGACCCCUGCCCCGCGCAAGCCCGGCGAGAUCGAAAAAGUGAGCUCGCCUGCUGCUGUUCAGCAGAACCUAGCCAACGCAGUUCAAUCCUCUCGAGCACACAACUCGUCCUCUGUAUUCUCGCCACCCAGUGUCAACCAGGUCAAGGAACAAUCGACAUAUUGUGACAGCACAUCCGAGAAUAAUAUUGCCCAUAUUGGAGAAGCGUCGAACGGGAUGCGGAUCUAUGUCUCCAGAGACAUGUCCGUCAUGAACGAGGUCUUCCUCGCACAGAACGUUGAGCAAAUACAAGCAUUUUCAAAGAUGCUCCACGACGUCGGCGGUAUCUACAAUAUUCCGAGGAAUGCUCUCAAUAUCUUUUACGACGAAGUAGGCAACACAAUUGCGUUUAACCUUACCGGAAGCCUGUUUUGCAACCUGAGGUUCUUCUUGCAGCUACAUUGGAACGAAUAUAAGAACCCUGCGGGGAUUUCGAAGGCAGAGAGUUGGUGGUGGGUUGUCCUCGCACACGAAUUGGCGCAUAAUCUUGUGAAGGAGCACAGCUCUAAUCACAGCUACUAUACCGAGAUGUUCAUUGCUCACUAUUUUGAAAAGAUGGCCGAAAGGAGACAUUCACGCAUGUUGCAGAAUUAGAAAUAGAAUCGGCGUCGAUGGAGAGCUGGAUUAUGACGACGCCAUAUUAAUUAAACCGGGGGUUUUUGCAUUUUAUUCAGACGGAACUUGUAUGGUCAUAGUUUUGGAUUUAUGUUGUAGAAUGGCAUCGGCAGAAUAGAACCUCGGAUUAGUUUCUUCACCUUGGCCAUAGAUAAUAUAUUAACUGAAUAAGGCUUGAUUUAGU